AUGACUGCAACUUUGGGUAUUAACGGUUUUGGACGCAUUGGUCGUCUAGUUUUGAGAGCAUGUAUGGAUAGAAAUGAUAUUACAGUAGUAGCAAUAAACGAUCCAUUCAUGGAUGUGGAAUAUAUGGCUUAUCUUUUGAAGUAUGAUUCAGUCCAUGGUAAUUUUAAAGGUACAGUUGAGGUAUCUGGUAAAGAUUUGUGUAUCAAUGGUAAAAUAGUUAAGGUGUUCCAAGCAAAGGACCCAGCAGAAAUUCCAUGGGGAGCUUCUGGUGCUCAUAUUAUAUGUGAGUCGACUGGUGUAUUCACAACGGAAGAGAAAGCUUCUUUACAUCUUAAGGGUGGUGCAAAGAAAGUUAUAAUAUCUGCUCCACCAAAGGAUAGUGUCCCAAUGUAUGUUAUGGGCGUAAAUCACACAGAAUAUGACCCAUCAAAGUUUAAUGUAAUUUCUAAUGCUUCUUGUACGACGAACUGUCUUGCUCCUUUAGCAAAGAUUGUUAAUGAUAAGUUUGGAAUUGUCGAAGGUUUGAUGACAACAGUUCAUUCUCUUACUGCUAACCAAUUAACUGUUGACGGUCCAAGUAAAGGUGGUAAGGACUGGAGAGCAGGAAGAUGCGCUGGAAACAACAUUAUUCCAGCAAGCACAGGUGCAGCAAAGGCAGUAGGUAAGGUUAUACCUGCUUUGAAUGGAAAGCUUACAGGUAUGGCUAUCCGUGUCCCAACUCCAGAUGUUUCUGUUGUUGAUCUCACAUGUAGACUCGCAAAGCCAGCCUCUAUAGAGGAUAUUUACCAGGCUGUAAAAGAGGCGUCCAAUGGCCCAAUGAAGGGAAUCAUGGGUUUCACAAGCGAUGACGUUGUCUCAACCGAUUUUAUUGGUUGCAAGCUUUCUUCUAUUUUUGACAAGAAUGCAUGUAUCGCACUCAACGACUCUUUUGUUAAGCUUAUCUCUUGGUAUGACAAUGAAUUUGGUUACUCAAACAGACUCGUUGACCUUGCUGUCUAUAUUACUUCGAGAGGUCUUUAA